UCCAUCAGAUGCUCUUCUACUACGAGUACUUCUGGCGCGAUUGACAGCCAUGGCUUCGGGAGCGUGGAUACUCGUUGCGCCCGCGUUACGCACCAGACUGGAAGCCUUCUUGGCUGGGUACGGGCAAGGACUGCGAAGAAUGCGAAGAUAGUCAAAGCACGUUGGUAGACACUAUUCUAGACGCCACCCGGCCUGAUGGUCGAGAUCGGACAGUUCCUUUCAUCUGAGCCAUUACUUCAGGAUCCUAGGAAUCAUUGCGUGCACAUCCUCGAGGUGCUGCAGGAUCCAUUUGAUUCAAAGAAGUCAAUUAUGGUCAUGCCCUUCCUCAAGAUGUUUGACGCGCCGGGGUUCCUGACGACUGGAGAGUCUGUCGCGUUCCUCAAGCAGGCGAUCGAGGGACUGCACUUCAUGCAUGACCACCAUGUUGCCCAUCGUGAUAUCUCGAACAUGAAUGUCAUGAUGGACGCCACCCCGAUGUACACGAAGAAGCUUUGGCACCCUCUAGUGCCAAGUUUCACUCGUGACUUCUCCGGACUGUCGAGCCACUGUAGUCGCAGGGCCGAGCGCGCCCCGAGGUACUUCUAUAUUGACUUUGGGCUGUCCCGCAAGUACAACCCAGCGGAUGGCCCUCCGCAAGAGUUGCCAGUAUUUGGUGGUGACAGGACCGUCCCAGAGUUUCAAGACGAUGGUUACGACGUGCCCGCAGACCCUUUCCGCACCGACAUCUACUACCUCGGGAAUCUCAUGCGGACAACCUUCUUGAAAGCAUACCGCGGCCUCGAGAUCAUGGAGCAGCUUGUAGCCGACAUGGUGCAGAGCGAUCCGCAGAAGCGCCGGACUAUCACGGAAGUUGAAACGCGGUUCAUUGAGUUAUCCCGCAAGCUUUCGUGGUGGAAGCUCCGAGCGAGAUUAGUGUACAAAGACAAGACUGCCUUCGAGCGUGCGAUGCUCAGUAUGGUACACUUCUUCCGCACAGCGAAGUUAGUCGCCAAACGGCGGUCUCCCAUACCAAUACCCUCUCUGUGA